GCUGCCUGUGUACUUCUUCCGUUGCUAGUUUCAGGUUAUUCGCCGACAUCUCCGUUCAUCCCCACUUCUCAGGGGCCAUUCAUCUACUUUUGUCUUCCAUAUAUCUGUAAAAUGCUACCGAGUUUGUUAGCAGCAUGCUUGCUUGUGGUAUUUGUCAGUGGGGACAUUUACAUGCACAAUCCUAGAGGCAGUAACAACAGGUUAGAUGAGAGUGGAAGAGCAAGAAAUAAUGCCAACAGAAUGUUUGACUCUCAGAAUAACAACAGAGGUGGCUACAAUGUAGGGAGCCUGUACUAUUACGAGGGUUCGGCUCUAUCUAUUGAAUGGACCAACCAGCACUCAUGCGGUGAUCCUAACAACCAUUGUGAGAUGGUCAUGCAGUACAUGUGUGGGGAGAAUGUUAGAGAUGGUGUCACAACGCAAACAGUACCAGAAAAUCCUAUUCUUUGCCAAAACUUUGACUGCAACACUGAUAAAAGGUUUGGGAUGCAUGAGAACUAUGAGUACUACACUAACUGCAAGUACAGGAAUAGGAACAAGGGCUUGUUCACUGCUGAUCAGAAAUUGAGAGGUAAUUCUGCCAAGUACACUCGCCAGAACCCAGGAGGGACUAGGCGUGGCUAUGAGUGCCCCGAGGAGCGAGACCAUUACCCUUACUGGCACCCUACUCCUUGGAAGGACAUUGCUGUUUUAACCAAUAACCCAGAGCGCUGCAAGCUCUAUCAAAGUGAAAGUGAGAAUAUUAAGGGGCGUUAUGCAUGUGAGGUGCCUGAAGAGUAUAUAAGCUCCAGCCGCUGGCGAAACUACAUCAUACCCAGUACUGAGGAUGAAUGUAAGGCAUUCCGCUAUCCCCAAAAUUCACCAAAUGGUACCCGUGCAACUUGGAAACAGUUCCCCUCCCAUGACCUACCUCCACCAGACUGCCGAGAGACUGACUGGUCACGUGACAAUCACCUUGGUAAUGGUAUUGGAGGCUACGCCAAUACCUACAAUUGGACUCUGCCUGACCUAAACCAUGAACAGUGCGUCUUGAGAAUCAGGUACAACAUCUCUACGGGUGAGUUCAAUGGCUGGGAUGCAAAAGUGAAUUCCUCUCUGAAUCAGCCCCUAAAGCCCAAAACGCCUGGAUCCCUCCUUGACGUUGGAGAGAAGUUUGGUCUUGAUUCACAGGCUGCUGCAGAGCGUGGAUACAUCUACAAACAGAACCCUGUGGUUAGUAUGUUCCCUGGUGAAGCCGGCAAGAUAUUCAACCUUCAACUCGCUAUCAACACCAACCAGCUUGGCAGAGUGUUUCAAGACAGAUCUCACACAUUUGCUGUCCGGCGUCGUCCUGGAAACCUGAAGGGGAAGAACAUCCAUAAUGUGAAUGUGCGGGGCAAACGUGGGAAUAUCGUGCAGGUCUACCCUGCUGUCGAGUACGACUUCACUCCUAACACUGUUCUGAUGAGAAACGGCGACUACGUCCACUUUCAGUGGACUGGCUCGAACACCAACCCCAACAACAACGAUGGCCAGGGCAGUGCUGGCACAGAUCGCUCAAAUGUACUGGUCCUUGAGAAGCAGCGAUACCCAGAGGGUCGAGAGAAACCAGAGACCGUGCAUGGCCAGUGGGGUGGGAACUACCCCGAACACUUCAAGAAGGCAACCUUCCUUGGGCUGGAACGAGACGAUUUGACGAGCCUCGCAACGCUUAAUACUGCUCAGUUCCGAGGCGAGAUGUCGGAGCUGGAUGAUGCAGGGACGUAUUUUGACCUGGGCCCGCGCAAGGUUACGGGAACAGGGACCUAUCACUACAUGUGCUCACGCAAUAACAACUUCUCCAACCGCAGCCAGAAGGGACGCAUUGUCAUCGGUGAUAGUGCCGUCUACGGCAAAAAGAUAGGCGUGAUGGGUGGUGCGAUAGAGUUUGGAGAGGGUGAGGGCGUUUGGUUUGAGAAAAACACCCUCGGUCAGCUGGUGAAUAUCCAACUGGAAAAGAUGCCGUCCGACAAAGGCGACGCCAUGGUGAAGGACAAGGGCGGUAAAAUGGGCGUGGGAGACGAGUACGCUAGUGAGUUCCUACUGAUUAAUCCUCAGGCUCUACGAACGCGCGAGAAAUUCUCAGUGAAGCUUGGCAUCGUGCGUGGUGUCACGGAUGACAUCGAGAUGUACCGCUCCGCUGACAGCGAAAACUUACGCACGUGGUACAAAGUACCGGGAGCAAGUGUCAACGAGGGCGUGGUCUCCUUUCAGACAGACAAAGGCGGUGUGUAUGUGGCACGAACUGUCACAAACAAGGCUGCUAUCGCUGGGAUCGUCAUUGCUUGCGUAAUCAUACUAGUGAUCAUCGGUGGGACAGUCUUCUAUUUCCGAAAGCACCCAGACAAACUAACUCAGAUCAACACGUCCAUUUCCAACGUAUGUCGCUCAUGUAAAAGUGAGGUCUGACCAUCUUCCAGACACACACCUUGUUCGGAGGAGAGACGGAGAUUCACCGCCUACUUUUAUAAAAACAAUCAAAAAUUGAAAAAUAUGUGUAAAGGAGAGUAUGAUUAUUUAUCAUCGCUUGCCGUCUUUCAGCCAUCAAUUGUAUAAACAAGAAAGUUGUAAUAAAUAAUUAAUAAACUGAAUUAUUAAUGAA